GUUGAUUUUGGCGAUAUUGGUGAUUUAUUAAAAGUUCGUAUUGAAAUUGAUGGGAACGGUGAGAUGCCAGAUUAUUUUCUUGACUAUGUUGAGCUCAAGGAUUUGGAUACCGAUGAGCGGAUGGUUUCAUACGUUGCAAAAUGGCUUAAAAUCGGCCACAGCGAAAAACAUGCACAGCCAUUCCGCGAAUUUCCGGUAUUUCGAGCGGCAUUUGAGCCACUAACUGGUAAGAUCAAGCUGAGCUCAAGGAGGCGUCGACAUUUGAAAGAUCCAAUUGGAUACGUUCAACUAUUCGGUGAAAUUGGUGAAACGGGUCGUUUCCCAGUCAAUUUAGCCUAUGCUUCAAAUUCAAAAACGGAAAUUUCAUUCAAAGCAGAGGCUGUAUCAAUUGGACGAGUGCAUAGUACACGGUUAUAUGUGAAAACCAAUGAAAUCGGUAAAUUCAUGAAAAUUUAUAAUUUUUAUCCAAAAUUUAAACUAACUGCAGUGCACUCUAGACCUGCCAGUGCCAUUAUGCAUUUUUGCACGAUUUUGUGCUCAAAUGUGACGCGCAAUGUUAUAUAUUCCAAAAAUCUUCAGCUUCCUAGCCCAACUAGCUCAAAAUCGCCUUCUUGUCAAGAAUAG